AUGAUCUGUUUGCCUCCACCGCUGGUGAUCCACACUAACACCGGUCCGUACGAGUUCACGUCCCCGAACUACCCGCGCCCCUACCCCCGCAACAAGUACUGCGAGUGGCUGCUGGAGGCGCCCGUGGGGCAGAAGUGCAACCUGACGUUUGUGGACUUCCACCUGACAGGAACCAACUUCUGGGGGAACUGCCCGCACACGGAUAAGGUGCAGAUCUACGACGGAACAGACGCGAGCGCCAACGUCACGCUGUUCGGCACGUUCUGUGAAAAGGAUCAGCCGACGGGUGAGUACGAGUCCAGAGGGAGGCACCUCCUGGUGACGUUUGAAAGUACUACCAUCAACUACUUCAGCAGGGGCAUAAAAGUGCAGUAUGGAUUUUCUCCGUGUACAGACGCAUACGAGUGUGCGUCCAAUCCGUGUCAGAAUGGAGGCACGUGUGUGGAGGCUCGGUGUGGAUAUAACUGUACCUGCACCAGGAACUACGCCGGACCAACGUGUCAGACAGAGUUGCCGUGCGCCUCGAGCCCCUGUCCGCCCGGGACUGCCUGCAUCAACCUCGGGGACGCCUUCUCGUGUACCGAGCCUCCUACCGCCCCUACACCCCCGACAACCACCACGGAACGGGCGACCACUACUCAAAUCACGACACCGCCUCCGACGACAACAACUACAAAACAAUCAACCACCACGCAGACCACAACUCCGAUACUUCCCACCACCACAACAAAACAAUCGUCCACAUCGCAAAGCACCCCUGCAUCAACUACAAAGGAAUCAGUGACGACAAAGGCCGAAAUAGUUUCGACCAGGAGCCAAGUAACCAGGGGAACGAGUGCCACUGAUAGGACUACGUCGACGUCAGACGAUCCGAUAACCACACACAGCACAUCGGCACCGAAGACGCCACCCCCGGGCGACAAGCAAACUGCAGCCAAGACAACCGACUCACCCAAACCCCAGGGCCUGACGGGACAGACGGCGUGUGAGGCGGACGUGUGGAACUUCUCGGACUGCGGCUGGCCCUGGUGGCUCAUCCUGGUGGUGGCCGGGCUGGGGGUCGCCAUGAUCGGCACCGCGGGCGGGAUGGCGUACAGGUAUUGUAAGCGGAAGAAGACGGACCGUGUAGUGACGCCCAGGUCCGUGGCAGGCGUGCACCUGGAACUGACGGACGUGGACGACUGAACCUCACGCGCAGGUCGAACUAUUGGAACAUUUUAUCAAGAGGAUUCUCAUAGAAGUUUAUAUCUGAAUAAUCAUUUUUAUUGAUUGAUUG